AUGGCGAAUCAUGAAAGUAUUCAUGAGAAUGAAUUCAAAAUUAUCUUGAGGAGUAUUAUUUUAGGAUUACUAAUAAUAAAUGGUAAUAGUGAAUUAAUUUUAGGAGUGAACAGGAAAAUUGUCCAAUUAAUAUCAGAAUUUAUUAAAAAAUUUAGUAAUAGGAGGAAAAUAGAUAGUGAUUAUUAUUUAGAAUUGCUUUAUAUAGAAAAUUUUAUAGAGAAUAACGAAAUAAAAUUAAUUGAAGUAAAUGAUGAAAAAUCUGAUAAGAUAAAAGAGCUUAGAAGAGGACUUGAAGAUCUUCUAAAACACAUGUCAAAUAUCGAUACGACAAAAGAAGAAUUCAAAUUAAUAGACGAAGCAUUAAUUGUUAACGAAUUCAAUCUGAUAUGGAAUAAUAGAUUAAUAACAGGAGGAUAUAGAGCAUGGCGUAAAAAAAUCACAAAUGCUAUAUGGAAGAACGAGAUACUAAAUAGCGAUAAAUUGGAUGAUUUGUUCGUAUACAAUUACAAAAAAGAAUUUGACUGGAAAGCAACCUUAGAAUUUAUUAGUAACAGAAUAAAUUUCUCAUCAAGACAAUGCGGUGAUAAAGAUGCGAGAGAUCGAUCAUAUAGGAUCAAGAAUAUUUUGAAAGACCUACCCACAUAUCAAAUUUUAUAUAAAAGAAAUACUAAUAAAAUAGAAUCUACGAAAUGUUUAAGAUGCGGAGAAAAAGAAGAAGAAAAUUGGGAACAUGUAUGGAUAUGUGAAGAUAACGAAGCUUCUAUAGAUGAGAUAAUACAAGAAUCACCAUAUAAAUUAGAAAUAUUAUUGAAAAAGCAAGACAAAUACAAAGAUAUAGAAAUAUUGAGAGAUAUUUUAUGUCAAUUUCUAAUAAUACUCGAAAGCCCUUCAGUAAUCUUGAAAGGAAAAAGCAGAAAAUGGGAACUGAUCAGAGGAAUUUUUAACGACAAUUUUAACAAUAUUUCAAAAAAUAAAGAAGAUAAAAGAAUUAUAAAAGAGCUUUGGAAUUUCAUAUAUGACGAAAUAAAGAGAAGAAUUUGGAUUCCACGAUGCAAAGAAGUCAAGAGAUUAGAAGAAAAGGACGAAAUAAAGAAAUCAGAUUUAAGAUCAAAGAAACAGAUGUCUGACGUUAGUAAAGGAGAUUUCUUAGAAAAUAACAAAAAUAAAAAAACAAAUGAAAAUCGCGAAAAAAUUGAAAGAAAAAAUAUAAAUAAUCAAAUUAAAAUAGUAACUUUGGGAAAAUUAACAGGUACAAUAACGGAUGGUAAUAGCAUAGAUAGAACAUGGGAUACGAUAGUUAAAUUACCAUUUUAUUAG